CAGAUUUCGCGCUGGCCGUCACGUGGCGUUCUCGGUCCCGGAAGCGGUUGGAGCAGCAGCAGCAGUAGAAGAAGGAGAAGCGGCCAUGCUGUCGGCUCUGCUGCGGGAGCACCAGGCGGGGCAGGCGGCGCGCAGGGACGCGCAGGAGCAUAGAAAAAAAGAAGCUGUGGCGGCAGCUAUGCGUGUUGCGGAUGCUAUGGUUGAUCAGCUUAAUGUUGGAGUGGCCCAGGCGUACCAGAACCAGCGGCGUCUCGAUGCCGAGGCCAAGACCCUGCAGGUGCAGGCGGCGCAGUUUGCCAAGCAGACGGUGCAGUGGCUGAACAUGGUGGAGAAUUUCAACCAAGCUCUCAAAGAGAUUGGAGACGUGGAGAACUGGGCGAGGAGCAUUGAGAUGGACAUGAGGACCAUCGCCACCGCACUGGAGUACGCCUACAAGGGCUCAACUCCGGCCGUGCCGUAACCAUUCGUUUCGUAGUAGGCUGAUGCUAAUCGUCAGGCGGUUCAGGUGGUUCCUGGUCUGUUUAUAAAUACUGAGCUGCUGCACCAUUGGAUUGUAAUGUCAAAAUACACUCGGUUACUUUUUUUGUACGAUCUUAUUUAUUUCUAACAUCCGUGAGGUGAGGCUGGUGGUUAUAUAGUUGUUACUGGAGAUGCAUUCAAGACAGAUAGUAUAAAUGCAAUGCAAUGAUGCUCAAUUGGCUGCUCCAAAUCUGGCAUGUUUAUCUCAAUACUUGGAACAACUUU